UAAAUAUCAACAAAAAAAUCACUCACUUUUCAAACAUACACAAUCUAAUCAUUCAUCAAUGAAAAGAAUUAGAAUGGAGACUUACUUACUUUCUCUUUCCCUUGCACUUUUCAUUCUAAAUUCCUUGACCCUCUCCUCAACCCAAACAACUCCCAACUACUCCACUGAUCAACAAUCCCUAAUUAUCUUCAGAAAUUCCCUCACACAAAACCCUAAUUCCCUCAACAACUGGUCCACCAACACCUCCAUCUGCGAAUGGACCGGUGUCUCAUGCGGGCCCCGCCACCAACGUGUCACCGCCCUCAACAUCUCCGGCUUCGCCCUCCACGGAACCCUCCCUCCGCAUCUCGGAAACCUAAUGUUUCUCCGAUCCCUCGACAUCAGCUCCAACAACUUCACCGGCCCCAUACCCUCCCACCUCUCCAAACUACGUCGUUUGAGGACGAUAAACGCGGGAUUUAACAACCUCACCGGAGAAAUCCCGCCGUGGUUAGGAUCUUUAUCUCAACUCCAACAUGUCCGUCUCAAUAACAACUCCUUCUUUGGGACAAUCCCUCCUUCUUUGUUCAAUGCUUCCACUUUGCUAACUUUGGAGCUCGGAAACAAUUUUCUUGAAGGAUAUGUUCCGAAAGAGAUUGCCAAUUUUUCUUCACUAGAAUGGUUGAAUUUGAGAGGGAAUAUGUUCAUGGGCACUUUGCCUCGUGGCAUCUUCAAUAUUUCUUCUUUGGUGUAUUUGAAUAUGAAACUUAAUGGUUUAAGUGGUGAGAUACCAAAUGAUAUGUGUGGUAAUGAAAAUCCAAAACUCAAAAGAAUUAUAAUGGAUAACAACCAGUUGUUAGGGAGGAUUCCACCAAAUAUUGGAAAAUGCAAAGAGCUGGAAGAGAUUUGGUUAAGUAGUAAUGAGUUAAGUGGCAGUGUACCAAUUGAAAUUGGGAGUUUGAGCAAGCUCAAGGUUAUAUCAUUCUCGACCAACCGGUUAACAGGUCCCAUACCAAAGGAAAUCGGAAAUCUUACAUACCUCAAAACUCUAGGACUCUCUUUAAAUCAGCUGGAAGGUGAACUGCCAGAAGAGCUGGAAACAGCAACCUUUAGGGUUUUCAUGUUUUCAAUGACCAUUUAA